CAUAAUACUUAAAGGCAGCCAGUCUGUAUCCAUUCAUAUGCAGGCUUAACUAGGCGUCACAUUGUGGUUCCUCUUUUGCUAUAUUUUGAUUUGUAGAUUAUUUCCUUAAUGCAAUUAUUUCAAUCCGUGCCCCACACAAUUGUCUUUUUUCUUCUUUAUUUCAAUCAUGGCAAUUCGACGUCGACCUCGUAUUAUUCAAACACAUACGCCUGGUAUCACAGAAACUCAACGAUUAGGUAUUAUUACUCUUUAUCAUAAGGGAAUGGGACCCAAGGCUAUCUGUCGCUUUCAAAACAUUUCAUAUCGAGCUGCACGAUAUACAAUAAAGAAAUGGCAAGAAGAGAACGAAUUUAUGACAGAAGCAUCAGAAACAAUAGACAUCCCUUGAGCAAGUAUCAAAAGGAGAGUUUAUAAGCAAAACAGGUGGAUGUUUGGAUCCAUCCAUAAUAAUAAUAAUAAUAGCAAUUGACAACACAAUAAAAAAUUUCCUUCAUUUUUCAUGGUUCUUCUUUUCAUUAUAUCAUUCAUCAGUGAACAGAAUGAUUAUAGAAAUAAGCUUGCUUAUGUUGGGAGAUCAAGCAUUACGGCUAUAAAAG